ACUGAAGGUUCAAUAUAACCGAAGUGCGGAUCAUUUUUGGACUUUGGCCGCGUCUUAACAGUCCUGACAGAGGGAAGGUUAGACGCUAAAUACCGUGCUGUAAAAUAUCCAACAUAGUUAUAUAUUUUAUUAGCUAUUUCUACUAUUUAUUAUUAUUAUUAUUAAAUAGUAUUAAGUGCUUUUAUAUUCAACCUUCAAGUUCGCCCCGACCGCAGAGCAUUGUGGGAAGGCAUGGAACCGUGAAGCUCUAAAGUAUGGCGGAUGGGGAAGAGCCGGCGAAGAAAAGACAGAGAAUAGAGGAGCAGCCUGAGAAAAUGGCAGUGGAUGUUAGCAGCAGCGGUGAUUGGGAUGGCCGGUGGAGCCAUGUGCAGAAGUUUCUGGAGAGGUCUGGACCUUUCACACACCCUGAUUUUGAACCAAGCGAGGAGACUCUCCAGUUUUUAUUAGAAACAUGCAAAAUUUUAGUAAUUGGAGCAGGUGGUCUUGGCUGUGAACUACUAAAAAACCUGGCGCUGUCAGGGUUUCGGAACAUCCAUGUGGUAGAUAUGGACACUAUUGACGUGUCGAAUCUAAACAGACAGUUUCUCUUCAGGCCGAAGGAUGUUGGGCGUCCUAAGGCUGAGGUAGCGGCUGACUUCAUCAACAGUCGAGUUCCAGGAUGUCAUGUUGUACCACACUUUAAGAAAAUUCAAGAUUUUGAUGAAUCUUUUUACAGACAAUUCCACAUUAUUGUGUGCGGACUAGACUCGAUUAUCGCUCGCCGCUGGAUGAAUGGAAUGCUGUUAUCACUGCUUAUCUAUGAAGAUGGGGUUUUAGAUCCUAGUUCCAUUAUUCCACUAAUCGAUGGAGGUACAGAAGGCUUUAAAGGGAACCUCAGGGUCAUCUUGCCAGGGAUGACGGCCUGUAUAGACUGCACAUUGGAGCUGUAUCCUCCACAGGUUAAUUUUCCAAUGUGCACUAUUGCAUCGAUGCCACGCCUCCCUGAGCACUGUAUUGAGUAUGUGAGAAUACUGCAGUGGCCCAAAGAGAAACCAUUUGGAGAUGGUAUAGUUCUGGAUGGUGAUAAUCCAGAACACAUUCAGUGGGUGUACCAGAAGUCUCUGGAGAGAGCAGCUGAGUUUAACAUCACUGGAGUCAAUUAUAGACUCACACAAGGUGUGGUUAAACGAAUUAUCCCUGCUGUUGCAUCCACCAAUGCAGUCAUCGCUGCUGCUUGUGCUACAGAAGUUUUUAAGAUUGCUACAAGUGCUUAUAUUCCUCUCAAUAAUUAUCUGGUGUUUAAUGAUGUUGAUGGCUUGUACACGUAUACCUUUGAGGCAGAGCGAAAGGAGAAUUGCUCGGCAUGUAGUCAAGUUCCUCAGAAGCUACAAUUCCCACCGUCUGCUAAACUACAGGAAGUGCUGGAGUAUCUGACUGAGAAUGCCUCUCUACAAAUGAAAUCUCCAGCUAUCACUGCAACACUCGAAGGCAAAAACAAAACUCUUUACUUACAGACUGUAGCUUCAAUUGAAGAAAGGACAAGGCCCAAUCUCUGCAAAACUUUAAAAGAGCUGGGACUGGCUGAUGGACAGGAGUUAGCUGUAGCUGAUGUCACCACUCCUCAAACAGUUCUCUUCAAGCUUAACUUCACCUGAAUACAACUAAUCCUGGACAC